AAGUCAGCUCUAAGGAGUCCUUUGAUCUUGUUUAUUAAACAACUUGAGGUCUACUUCCUUCUAAGCGCAAGGGGUUAAUUAAGCCCGGCUGCUGGCUCUUUCUGAGUUGCCCAACAUGGCACGCCUUUGGCCAAGCCUGUUGUAUGUUGUGGCAUUUUGCUUGGUAGCCACCAGCUGUGCAGCUUUGCAGCUCCCCCCAUUGUUUUAUGAACCACCGCCACCUCCGCCCUACUAUAAGUCCCCACCUCCACCACCAUCAUCAACAUCUCCCCCUUCAUCCUACUACCAGUCCCCACCUCCACCCCCUCCGUCGCCACCAUACUACAAGUCUCCACCCCCACCAUCUCCAUCCCCUCCUCCUCCCUCAUCUCCACCUCCAUCACCACCUCUACCAUCUCCACCACCACCCCCUCCAUACUACAAGUCCCCACCACCACCGUCUCCUCCUCCUCCAUCACCACCUCCACCAUCUCCAUCACCUCCCCCUCCAUACUACAAGCCCCCACCACCACCACCACCUCCACCAUCUCCAUCGCCUCCCCCUCCAUACUACAAGCCCCCACCACCACCUUACUCUAAAUCCCCACCCCCACCACCACCCCCCUAUAUAUAACUAGAAGUCACUAUCUACCAUCUCCAAAGAUACCACUGCUGCCUACUCUAUGCUAGUUUAAAUCACAUCUUCCAAUCCAGUGUGAGAACCUCCUCUCCCACAAUCACCACAUUCUCCUUAGUAGCACAACUCACCAAUCCCUCCAUAUCUAUCUCCACUGCCUCUUUAUCAAGACAAUGCCCACCUCCUCUGUCUCCAUAUCUCCAUGAAUGUACUAACAAAGUUCUGUUACCACUCCCCAAAGUCUACAAGAAGUUACCUCUGCAUUUCCAAUAGCAUGAAUAAGGAUAUCUGAAUUCUGAAAUAGUGCGUGUUUCAAGCAAGCUUUCAGCUGCUCUAAAGCUUUGAUUUGCGAAUAAAGUAAAGAGAAGUUUGUGUUCUAUUCUGCGUGCAGUAUACAAUAUGUAAUUUUCAUUAAGAAAAAUAAUUGGCUGAAGCCAGAAGCUGUUCAAGCAAAAAAAAAAUCAUUUCGAACCGUUGUUUUUCAUUUUUCACAAAAUAGUAAUUCGAAUGCUUUCACUGGUUUAAAUAGCCAACUGCCAACUACUGCUGGUGAAGAUGUUUGGACCGUGGGAAUGAAAUCAUUGUUUGUGUUGCGUAUGUCUA